UCGUCAGUCGGCAGUGCGCGGACCGUCGCGGAAGUUGCGCGCCUGCUUCGAUCCAAUCCCAUCCAACUACCAACAGAAGAGCAUUGCACACUGCACAGCCUACUCAGACCGUAGAAAAGAAUAGACGGAGAUCAUAGUAGACCGUCGCCAAGUGCAGCACACUGCAGGCAAGACUUAUUCCUACUGAGCUGCAGUGCGCAAUCGAAUGUUUGAAUAAUUAAUUGAAGAGUGCAAGCAACUUUCUUUUGUUCAUCCGGUGUAGUGGAUCAGCGAUCAGUAGCAAAGUUCUACUCGACGAGUUCAGUUCGGUCAGUUCGUAGUUCUUAUCGCACUUCGAGGCGUGAAGAAAGGCUGUUCGCGUGCUGCUGGGUUUUGACUCCCCGGCAAGGUCGGUCGCAGCUGACCCAAUUCAGCCUUUUCUCCUCGUGGCUCAGGGUGAGCAAAUAAAAAAAGAACGACGACGACGACGGCCGCGAGCAUCGAUUUGUGAGGAGAAGGAAAGUCAGAGCCAGUUCUCCGGUUUCAAUCUCGCUUAGCGUAGGCAUUGGCACAAGAGUGUACCGACCGCAGAGUGUGUGCAUAUGUGCAUAGGACAACGGGCUGAGUGUGUGAGAUCAAGUUCCAAGUCCAUGGUUUUGCACGAACGAUUUUUACCCGACAACGAGGAAGAUUAACCCAGGGUACGGAUCGGGAAGUGAAACGAUAAGAUAUUGAAUUUUUUUUCUUAGCUUAAUCGAAAAAAAUUGCAUUCAGGCGUGCCAGAAGCAUCGCGAUCGAAGGUCGACGGGUUGACAAGUGAAAUAAGCACGCCGUGUACGGUGGAUAAAGGUACAGAGAAGCCUGGUGGGUGUAUUUUUAGAACCGGUACCGUCCGGUGACAUGUGGUGAAAAAUUUUCAUUCACUCGGCAGCAAGUAUCCGUGCAACUGCGAAAAAAACGCGAAUGUUUGUUGUGGCCGGCAAACAAGGCGAAGAAGAAGUGAAAGUUCAACAUCCCCGCCGAGAUGGCCGAGUCGUAUGAGAUGUGUAGUACCAGUAGUAGCAGUAGCAGCAGCAGUAGUAGUCACAGAAAUAAUACCGAUGAAAGUCCCAGUGGAAGCAGUCGGAAGAUUGCUGCCCCACUGGCCGAGCAGGAGCAGUUCAAGGAAGCGGAAUUGAUUCAGAUGGAGCAGCACGUGGGUGGAGGACCGGUAGCGAAACGUCCGACCACGUUGGGCUUGCCACCGUUGAAGAUACCACUCCACCCACCGGGGUUCGAUCAUAGUCCUAGUUUGGGUGGAGGAUCGACUGCAUCAUCGCUGGUAGCGGCCAGGUUGUUCAAACCGGUUACCAUCAGCUUCAAGGAUUUGUCGUACUCGGUGCGGACGGGGAUAUUUCGAAAAGGUCGUGAUAUUCUGCGAAACAUCAAUGGAGAGUUUCGAGCGGGUGAGCUGACGGCCAUCAUGGGACCUUCCGGAGCGGGGAAAAGUACACUGCUUGACAUUCUGGCUGGUUACACGGAAAGUGAAUUCACCGGUGAAAUCCUAAUCAACAAGCAACAGCGUGACUUGAAGCGUUUCCGGCGCCAAUCCGCUUACAUCAUGCAGGCUCACGACCUGCAGCCACACUUGACCGUGCUGGAAGCGAUGCACUUCUCGGCCAAUCUCAAAAUCGGUGCCGAGCUGAGUCCGGCCAGUAAGAAAGUUCGCAUGAAUGAAAUCCUCUGUGCCAUAGGUCUGCAGGAGCACAAGAAGACACGCACUGCCAAGCUGUCGGGAGGGCAGAAGAAGCGGCUGGCGAUUGCCUUGGAGAUCGUGAACAAUCCACCGGUGAUGUUCUUCGACGAGCCGACCAGCGGGUUGGAUAUUUCCACCUCGAAAAAGUGCGUGGAACUGCUGAAGCAGCUGGCCCGUGAGGGCCGAACGAUCAUCUGCACGAUCCAUCAACCGUCGGCCCUGCUGCUGAACAUGUUCGAUCAUCUGUUCACGGUCGCCGAAGGGCAGUGCAUCUUUACCGGGACGAGCGGUAACAUUGUGCCAUUAUUGAAGGAGCUGGACAUCAUCUGCCCGGAGCAUUACAGUCCGUCGGAUUUCUUAUUAGAAAUCGCAACGCACGACUACGGCCGCCAGAACGAUAAGCUCGUCGCCAAAACGGAGAACGGCAAAAGCACUGCAUACAGACGGCACGAAUUGUUCACCCCCUUCCUGAUGCCAAUCCUGGAGUCACCGGUGUCGAUCGAGCUUCCAGCGCUUCCGACAAAGGAGGACUUCAACUCCCCGCUAGCCAAACCAAAGAAACUAGCCAAGAAGCUGUCAUUCAACCCGGAGAAGUGGUGCGGACGGGACGAGAUCUACACCACCAGCUUCUGUCGCCAAUUUUCCCUGCUGUUGUUGAGAACCUUUCUGAUCCUGAGUCGAGAUCGGUCACUGAUGACGAUGCGGUUAAUCAUCCACUGUACGAUCGCUCCGUUGAUUGGGAUGUUGUACUUUGGAAUCGGAAAUCAGGCGGCGCAAAUCUUUAAUAGCUUUAACUAUGUGUUCUUUUCGAUUAUGUUUCUGAUGUUUACCGCGUUCAGUUCGAUGACGAUGGCAUUCCCCUUGGAACUUCCGAUCAUCACGAGGGAGCACUUCAAUAGGUGGUAUUCCCUAAGGGCGUACUACAUCGCAAUGACGGUGGCAGACAUUCCGAUUCAGGUGCUAUGUACGGUGACCUACAUUUCCAUUACGUACUUCAUGACGGGGCAACCGCUGGAAGCCUACAGGAUGGGACUGUUCACGUUGAUCUGCUUGAUGGUGGCAUGGGUUGCUCAAGGAUUGGGGCUGCUGGUGGCGUCGCUGUUCGAUGUUAAGAACGGAGCCGUCUUUGGACCUUUCUUCAUCUGCCCGUUCCUGAUCUUCUCGGGAUUUUUCAUCCACCUGAACGAUGCCCACCCGGCCAUGCACUGGUUGUUCCAUAUUUCCUUUCUCAAGUAUGCCCUGCAGGGUGCCACGGUGGCCAUCUUCGGCUUCGACCGACCGAAGAUGGACUGCGAGGAGACCUACUGCCAUUUCGUGUUGCCAAAGAAGUUUCUCAAGGAGAUAGACAUGGAGGGCGCGGAUAUUGUCGAGGCUGUGACUGCACUGGUGGUGAUCUUUUUAGUCCUCCGGAUAGCGGCAUUCUACGUGAUGCGAUACAGGCUGAAGAACAAAAACUAAAUGUGAUAGAGCGAAUGUGCGCGGUUCUUUUUCUGUCGUAUCGUCGAUUUCAACCUGGCCAGAAGUUUGCUUUUGAGUUUAGUUUAAGUUCGUUCUUCUUAAUGAUUCGUUCGGUUAAGUUAAACUGCAAAGAAGUCGAGUUGACAUUCCUUUUUUCGUCCCCGGUCGAAGUCUAUGCGAUUUGAAGUUUCUUUAGAUGCAAAUUGCAGGAGUCAUAUUAGGUAGGAAACCAACAAUGUGAAUAGUCACCGAGAAGUUAUUUGUGUUCGAAGGAUGCAAAAAAAAAGUGAUUGUCUUCCGAGGAAAAGUAGCGGAUUAUGAUGGUCUUGCAUUUAGCCUAGCGUUGUUAUUACUAAAGGGGUGUAUUCCUUAAGAAAUAUUUUAUCGAAUGAUUCGAAUGUAAAAUAAAUAAGUUGCAAAGUUAAAA